AUGGCCACCAGCCAACUGAACUCCCUCCAAGGCACCACCAAUGGCCAACGUCUCGAAGUCCCUGGCGCGCCGACCCUGGCCAAGAUCAAGAGCGUCGAGUACUUCCGCGUCAAGCCGCGGUGGCUGUUCGUCAAGAUCUGCGACGAUCAGGGGUUCCAUGGCUGGGGAGAGGCGACGCUCGAAGGCCAUACCAAGGCCGUCGAGGGUGCGUUGGACGAGAUCAUCGACCGCAUUGUCGGGUAUGAGGCAGAUGACAUCGAACACAUCUGGCAGACGGUGUGGCGGCUGGGAUUCUACCGUGGAGGCCCUGUUUUCAUGUCUGCAUUGUCGGGUAUCGAUAUUGCCUUGUGGGAUUUGAAAGGCCGUAGACUGAACGUCCCCAUCUACCAACUCCUAGGCGGCAAGGUGCGCAACAAGGUCCAAGUGUACGCGUGGAUCGGUGGCGAUACGUUCCAGGACAUCGAAGGGGCAGCCAAGGCACGCAUCGCUCAGGGCCUGAAAUGCAUCAAGAUGAACGCCACGGGCCCGGUCAACUGGCUCGACUCGCCUGCGGUGCUGGACGCCACGAUCGAACGCCUCAAGAUCGUGAAGAACCUGGGCCUCGACGCCGGGCUGGACUUCCACGGCCGGCUGCACAAGCCCAUGGCCAAGCAGCUCGCACGGGCGCUGGAGCCGUACCGGCCGCUCUUCAUCGAGGAGCCGCUGCUGGUCGAGCACGCCGAGGGGCUGAAGCAGCUGGCCGAGGGCACGAGCAUCCCGAUCGCAUUCGGCGAGCGGCUGUACUCGCGGUGGGACGUGAAGCGGUUUCUGGUGGACGGCAGCGUCGACGUGCUGCAGCCGGACAUCGCUCACGCGGGGGGCAUCUCCGAGACGCGCCGCAUCGCUGCGCUGGCCGAGACGUACGACGUGGCGAUCGCGCCGCACUGUCCGCUGGGCCCCGUCGCCCUGGCCGCCAGCAUGCAGGUGGCGCUCUGCACACCCAACUUUGUCAUCCAGGAGAUGUCGCUGGGCAUGCACUACAACGUCGAAGCCGGUGAGGAGGACCUCAACACCUACCUGGUCGACCCGGCCGUGUUCGCCAUCCGGGACGGCUACGUCGACGCCCUGAGGGGUCCGGGGUUGGGCAUCGAGAUCGACGAGGCGGUCGUGCGUCGGAUUUCCCAGGACACGGGACACUGGCAGUGCAAGGAAUUUUACGGGCCGGAUGGGUCGAUUCGGGAGUGGUAG